AUGACGGGCAAAGCGGGCGCGGCGCUGGCCCCCAGCCUGCCCGGCAAGCCCAAGCCCGACGGCGCGGCCGCCGCCCCCGCCGCUCCGCCACUGCCUCCGCCGCCCCCCGCGGCUGGGGUCAAGUCCAACUCUGGGCCCACCCCUCCCCGCUGCACCGGCUUCGGCAUCCAGGAGAUCCUGGGCUUGAACAAGGAGCCGCCGUCGCACCCUCGGGCCGCCCUGGACUCUCUGCCCGCCGGGCACCUGCUGGCAGCCCGUUCCGUACUCAGUCCCGCCGGGGUGGGCGGCGUGGGCAUGGGGCUGCUGGGGGCCAGCGGCAUCCCCGGCUUUUACACCCAGCCCACCUUCCUAGAGGUGCUCUCCGACCCCCAGAGCGUCCACCUGCAGCCCCUGGCCCGGGCCCCCGGGCAGCUGGACAGCAGCCAGACGGCCAGCUCAGAUUCCGAGGAUGUCUCCUCCAGCGACCGAAAAAUGUCCAAAUCCUCCCUAAAUCAGAGCAAGAAACGAAAGAAGAGGCGGCACAGGACAAUCUUCACAUCCUAUCAACUGGAGGAGCUGGAAAAGGCCUUCAAUGAGGCUCACUAUCCUGACGUAUAUGCUAGAGAGAUGUUGGCCAUGAAAACAGAGUUGCCAGAAGACAGGAUACAGGUUUGGUUCCAGAACCGGCGGGCCAAAUGGCGGAAGAGGGAGAAGUGCUGGGGCAGGAGUAGUGUGAUGGCUGAGUACGGGCUCUACGGUGCCAUGGUGCGUCACUCCAUCCCGCUGCCUGAAUCCAUCCUCAAGUCUGCCAAGGAUGGCAUCAUGGAGUCCUGUGCCCCUUGGCUCCUGGGGAUGCACAAAAAGUCUCUGGAGGCAGCGGCUGAGGCGGGGAGGAAGACAGAGGUGGAGCGCCAGGCCCUGCCCAAGCUUGACAAAGGUGACAAAGAAGAAAGGGGUCCUGAUCCCAAAACCACCAUUUCCCAGGAGGAACUGAGAGAAAACAGCAUUGCUGCCCUCAGGGCCAAAGCUCAGGAGCACAGCACCAAAGUCCUGGGGACCAUUGCCGGGGACACCCCAACCCCAGGCAGGAAGCCGGAGACAGGGGAGGAGGCGGCAGUGACAGAGGAUGAGAGACAGACGGAGAAGUUGAACUCAUCGCAGAAGGAGGAGAAGUUGAUCUAAGGGGAAGAGAGGUGGCAGAAGCCCUGACAGACACUGUGUCCUC